AUGGCCCUCUCCGGCGAUGAGCCCAUCUGCCCCAAGUUCCAGCCCAAUAUCUUCGACCCCUCCCGCUGCCACGACUGCCUGCGCCAGAGGCACCUGCACGCCGGUGCGGGGGAGAGCACUGUGGUCACGCAGCAACAGAUAUCCGCUCCCGAGUCCGGAGCCGGGGCUAAAACUGGGAUUGGGUCAAGAAAGGGAGAAGCGUUAACACCGAUUUCUUCCCAAACGGAGGAAAGAGACACCAGCAGCAAGGAGGAUUCUGAUGGUCUGUCAGUGGUGAGCAGCUACUGCGAUGUCAAUGGAGGUCGUCUGGGUUAUGGGGAGCCCUCUUUGUGCAUCCUGAGCCCCGACUGCGAGCUUUAUAUCUGCGAGGCUGACGACGACAGCACAGACAGCUGCCGUGAGCAGAGCGACUACCAGGAGUUCAGUGGCUCGGCCAGUGCAGAGGACGAAUACCCACCGAUCUGUCGCCACCUGGUCAAACUCGAUAUGACCCGGCUUGACCCGCCGCCCCACCGGCCCAACCCAAGGGCUUGGAUGGAUGACUCUCGGAGCAGAGACAGCUUCAGUAGACAUUCGGGGUUGAAAGAAGAGCGAGAGAAGCGCGAAAGUGGCUAUUUCUCGCUGGGGAGGGCAGCAGGUGCCCGUUCGCUCCAUGACAGCAGCCCACCCGCUCCGUUCCGCCACUUCGAGCGAGGCCAUCCCAUCUUCAGCAGCAGGAACGUCGAGCCCAAAGACAUCGUUCCCUUCAGAAAUCCUAAUCUUGGUGUGGCUUCUCAAAGGCAGAUACCAGAGGCUGUGGACGAGGACGUGGAUGUGGAAAUCCCUCCUCCUGACCCAUAUGAAAUUGCAGUUGAGGUUGAGGCACAAGUCGGCCCUCGCUCUCCGAGCCCUACUCCCUUUAAAAUAGCGGAGUCGCUGGCCUCUAGCAGACGAAAGGGUUUCGGCAGUUCAUACGGCCGUGUAAGCCCUUCUUCUCCCGUCUCUUCCUAUCAGCAGUCGGGGUCGUACAACUCCCCGAGGCAAAGCUCGGCUCUGCAGUCUCGCUCGUCUUCUCCCUCACGUGGAAACCCGACAUUCCGACGCAGCGAAUCCAUUGCUUCCCUCAGCAGGACUAACUUUGACGGUGGAGGGAGGUCUCCAGGGAGGGAGGCGGGGUCCAGAAGCUCCUUGCAAGGCACACAUGGGCGACGUAUUGAGUCGGGAACCCUGCCAAGAAACUUCAAAUCGUUUGCCAGUUCAGUCAAAUCCCAAUCCAGCAUGAUUUCUGAUUUUAGGAGUACCUUGCGAAAGACGGAAGCAAAUGGGUCUUUAAGUGGUCGGGGUGGCGACUCCAGGAGCUCAUCUCCGCAGAGGAAGGACUUUAACAGUUCAAGCCAAAUGCCUCUUCACAAAACUGAAGCCAGCACUAGUUUAUCACAUGGACGUGUGUAUAACAGAAGGACUUCAUCUCCAUCAAGAAGGACUUCUGACAGUCGCAGCUCCUCACCGCCAAGGAGGACCUACAGUUCAUCUAGCCAAUCACUACUUCAUAAAUCUGAGUCCGUUAUCUCUCUAAAUGGGCGCAGUCACCACGCACGCUGUGGGUCCCCGAUAAGAGAAGGUUAUGAUAUUGAGAGCCAGGCUCUGUUGCGUAACCCAUCUGUUAGAAAUGGGUUGAAAGAUCAAGAACAAGAAGUCCCCAUCCAUCCGUCUCCAUCUAAAAGAGGUCAUGAUACACCAAGUCAUUCCAUACUGCGUAAGACUGAAUCAAGCCCUGCCAGAAGCAGUCGAGGUCGGGAUAGCCGUUCUUCCUCUCCUGGAAGGAGGGGUUAUGACACCCCCAGCAGGUAUCAGCUGAAGAAAACAGAUACCGGUAGCUUAUUACAUGGCCGUAGUCGUGAAAGUCAUAAAUCUCCCCCUUUGAGGAAAAGCUACGAGACUCCUACUCAGCCUUUGCUGCACAAGUCUGAAUUUAACAGCUCAGUCAGAAGUCAUGAUAGAUACAACUCGUCAUCUUUAAGGAGAACUUUUGAUGCUUCUGACCAACGUUUGGCACACAAAACAGAAACUAGCAGUUCCUUCAACAGCAGGAAUCAAAACAGCCGCAACUCCUCCCCCUCUAGGAAAGACAGCAGUCACCCACCGGGGUACUCAGUCCUCAGAAGUGCCAUUAAUGGAGAUUCUGGUCAUUUCUUUCAGAGAAAAAACACUCAUGCUGACACAAAAUCCAACUCUGAUCGCUCACCACGCUCAUGGCGAGAAUCAUCUCAUUCCCUCCGGAGCUCCUCGUUAUCUCGGGCUGCUUCGCCCUCUAGACAUGGUGGAAGUGGCAACAGAUCCACUGCUGUCACCUUGGAACGACCAAGGAGCCCAGGCAGCAACAGAUCCAGUGUCGGUAGAAACAUCCGUGAAGACCGCUGCCCUUCUCCUAAUGACAAGAGGACCUCCCGUCAUCCUGAGAGCCCUUCACUUCCCAUUCAAAUGCAGAGGCACACCUCCUCGCAAAGCUCCAUGGAGUCCUCUGAGUCGGGCCGGCUCUCUGUGGGAUCUACAGGGCGGAACAGGGAGGCGUAUGCCAUGAUAGCUGAUGUACCGAAGGUCAAAAUGAUCCAUCACAGCGAGGCCUCGAGCCACGCGGGGAGGCUGCAGAACCAGCAGUCCGUCCGAAGACAGGAGCUCUUCAAGCCUGCCAGGUCAGGCUCAUGUUACACCUGCAUAUGUUAA